AUGGUUCUCUGGAGACGAAGAGGAGACAAUUUCAGAAACAGUUUUAGCUCCAAGGAAACCUGGAGUCUAACUCGACAAGCACAACCAAUGAAGGAAUGGAAUAAGGGUAUAUGGUUCACACAUGCAACACCCAAAUACUCGUGGCUUGCAAAUUUGAAUCGUCUCGCGACAGUAUAUUUACUUGAGCUUACCUGUUUAAAGGCCUACUCUAGUCUUCAUCGAGCUGGCGAGAUCUCGAGUUACGAGCUGUCGAGAUAUCGAGCUAUCAUUCAGGACUUAGUCAAGGUCGUUCGGCGAAAUCCCGAGAAAUCCGGAGUUAGUUGCUCGGUGGAGAUCCCACUAAAUCCGGAGCACGUGCAGCAGGAGAUCCCGAAGAUCAUGGAAGCAGGCGAGAUACGAGCACUCGCAGGAGAACUAUAA